AUGGGUGUAAAGUCAUUUUACAGGUGGCUGGUGAACAAGUACCCAAAAAUAGUGGUGAAUACGGUGGAGAAGACGAAUGAACAAGACGGAACUCUGGCCAACCCCAACGGCCUUGAAUUUGAUAAUCUUUACCUCGACAUGAACGGAAUCAUACAUCCAUGUUUUCAACGGGAAUACGAAGAUGUUCUUUCAAAACAUUUAAAUACCGAUGUUCUUUCAAAACAUUUAAAUACUCCUGCAUCUUACGAAGAUGUUUUCAGCAACAUAUUUGAGUAUAUAGACAGGGUUAUGAUGAUAGUAAGACCACGAAAGCUUCUAUAUUUGGCCAUAGAUGGGGUUGCACCAAGAGCUAAAAUGAACCAGCAAAGAACAAGAAGAUUUAGAAAUUCCAAAGACCACGAGACACUUCGGAAAGAAGAAGAUAGAUUGAGAAGACAAUACGAAAUUGAAGGUAGAGAUGUUCUUCCGCACCAGGAAUCAGAAAUGUCAGAUUCGAGCAUAAUCACUCCUGGCACAACGUUCAUGUUCGAGUUAUCAAAGCAACUCCAGACUUACGUUAAUCUGCGCAUAUCAAAAAAUGAUGCAUGGAAACACUUGAAGGUAAUUCUCUCUGAUGCGAAUGCCCCUGGUGAAGGAGAACACAAGAUAAUGUCAUUCAUACGGCUUCAACGUACUUGCCCUGGUUAUAAUCCGAAUACACGCCAUGUCUUUUAUGGUCAGGAUACAGACCUUAUUAUGCUCGCUCUGGCUACACACGAAGUCCAUUUCUCCAUUUUGCGAGAGAAUGUUUUUGCAGAAUAUAACUCAAGAACAAGUCGCUCCUCUGUGUCGUUGCCAGCUGGAAAGCCAAAGUCGUUGGUGAAGAAGCCGCACCAGUUUGUUCAUGUUUGGAUACUGAGAGAAUAUAUUAACCUUGAUUUGAGAACGAAAAAUGUUCCUGAAAAUUUUGAAUAUGAUAUUGAACGACUCAUUGAUGAUUUCAUCUUCUUAUGCUUUUUUGGUGGAAAUGAUUUUCUUCCGCCUAUGCCAACCUUGGAAAUUCUUGAGGGUGCUAUUGAUCUAUUGAUUCAUGUAUACAAGCAAGAUCAGAUUCUCAUGAACGAAAAGCAAGAUCAGAUUUUCAUGGCGGUCGAAAAGUUCAUCCUUGCAGUUGGCGCAUAUGAAGAUCAGAUUUUCGAGAAAAGAUCAACAAUAUUCCACAAGAGCAAGCUUCGAUACAUGUUGUCAGAAGUCAAGGAUAAGAGUCGUAAGGGAGAAGACAGUUUGUUUUCUGUGACAAGAAGUGCUCACAAUCACAGUGAAAAAUCAACCGAUCAUGAUGUACAAAUGGCCGAGAAUACAAAAGCAUUGAAGGAGAAAUUAAAAUCUUACAUGUGUGAGAUAUCGGAUAAUUUCAAAAACGGUUUUCUUUCAGACAUGGUGAAACUGGGUACUCCUGGAUGGAGAAAACGCUAUUACAAAUACAAGUUUUCUGCUGAAACAGAAGUGGAUAUGGAAAAUACGAGGAAAGAAGUCAAAAAAUACACCGAAGGGUUGUGUUGGGUUCUUCUAUAUUACUUCUCGGGUGCUGCGUCAUGGACAUGGUUUUACCCAUUCCAUUAUGGGCCAUUCCCAUCAGAUUUUAAAGGUCUUUCAAGUACUAAAGUUACGUUUCAAAGAGGAUCCCCCUUGAAACCAUUUGAUCAACUUAUGUCUGUUCUCCCCCCUACAAGUGCUCAUGCACUUCCACCUUCAUAUGGGUCACUAAUGACAACUGAUGAUUCGAGUAUUCUUGAUUUCUAUCCUAAUGAUUUUGAUGUCGACAUGGAUGGGAAAAAAUUUCUUUGGCAGGGUAUCUGCAAGCUUCCAUUUAUCGAUGAGGAGAGCCUUCUUGCUUCAACAAAGAUGAUUGAGAAGGAACUGACUGAGGAGGAAGCUAAAAGAAAUGCUGAGAAUCCCGACAAGUUGUUCCUACACAUUUCAGAAAAUCUUGCCUUGCGGAUUAUCACUUCCUUCAACAAUGAAGGCUCCAUCGAGCAAAAGACAGGCUUAAGUUUCAAUGGAGACAUAAAUGGUUUUGUCCAUCCUAACCUAGAGCCCGAGUAUGUUGGUGAUUCUAAAGGCCUUGGAAACGAUCUUGAUGUUCUAUGUGUAUACUAUGAUCCACCAUGCUUCUCUCUUCAUAUCCCUUGUGUCCUUGAAGGCACAUCCAUUCCAGAACCGACUGUGAGUGAAUCCGAUAUCGAGGAAGGAUGCUUGUGCAUGAGAGCCAUGGUUACCCUGUACGAAGCAAUAGAUCACAUACACAGGUUCAAGAAGCUAAAAUAAACCCUAACCGAAGCAAUAGGUUUGUUGAUGCCACAAGGACACCAAAAGAACAAACAAGCUGUGCUUCUUGGUGGAAUACUUAUGGGAGAGGUUCUCGGACAAACAAUGUGUAUGGUCAGUCUCGGUCAGUUGGGUCAGACUCCAAUUUAAACAGAAACCAG